GGAGGGCUGAGGGGAAGGGGAGUAGCCGAAGCGACAGGAGUUUCCCCGGGCGCUUCCCGGCACUGACAGCGGGCGGAGGGAGGGCGGGAGGUAGCGGGCCGGGCCCCCCGCUAUUAGUACCGGCCCUCGGCGGAGCCCGCCUCAGUGUGGAGCCGUCUCGAUCACCCGCCGUCUCCCAGCACCAUGCAGGGGCUCCGCGCCGCGCCGCCCGCCGCCUUCCUCCUCCUCCUCCUGCGCCCGCUGCUGCUGGCGGCCGCGGCGCCCGGCGCCGAGCGGGAGCUGAACCCCAGCAGCCGCCUGGUCGCGGGGGCGGCGCGGGUGGCCCUGCACUACCUCAACUUCCAGGCGGCCUCCCCCGGCGCGCUGCUGGCGCUGGGGCAGGUCCGCAAGGCCACGCUGAAGAGCAUCCCAGACUCUGGUCACAAGUAUUACCUGCAGUUCACUACCGAAGACUACAAAAGCGGGGAAAAUGCUGGGAGCUGCCUUGCUACAGUGUUGUAUCCCAAGACAAAGUCUACGCCUGUUGUCACUAUCAAGUGCAUGCAUACCAAAGACCAGAAGCAAAUCGAGGAAGAGGACAACAGACUUUACCAAAAAAUUAGGCACCAAACCAAGCCAAUAAUUGGAAACAAUAUUCCAGACAGCUAUGGCAAUAUUGAACCUGCCCUGGAGCCAGUGUGGGCUUUGGCUGUUGCUGGCAGCAGUUACAUCAUGUGGGAAAAGUCAACAGAGAACUUGGGUUACUUCAUGGCACAAGUCAAGUCUGUGAAGCAGUGGAUAAGGAAAGAUGAUUUUACUGAGUUUGACUACACUGUCCUACUCCAUGAAAUUCCAACACAGGAAAUUGUUUCAUGUCACAUGCGCCUCACUUGGCUUCCUGGUCACCCUCUGAAAGUGAAAUACUUCUGUGCCUCAGACAACCAGGGGCUCCAAGAUGGAUCUGGAAUGGAAUCUGGAUCAGCCGCUGGGAUUUUAAAUGAAAGGGGAGCAAAUUUUUAAAAGAGAUUGUCACCUUUAUGUAUAAGUAUUAAAUGAGAAAAUCCUUGUGUUAAUAGACCUGUAAUUGCAACAAUUUUUCUAUACAAGUCAAACAGUGAAUUUGAAUGCUUUCAUUACUCUGUUUUGUUCCAAAAUUAAUUCCUCUGAUUUCUUAAACUGCAAGAUUCAUGUUAGACAGUUCUAGCUAAAAAACUUUGUGACUACAUAUAUACACAGAUGAACAUACACAAGUUGAUUUUAUGUCAUUAACUUACUGUUACUUAGAGUAACAUAGUUUGUAAACAAAGUUAAUAUAUUUGGGUACAAAUCUUGAGAAGAGUAUUAAUCUGUCACUAAGAAAUAUUUGUCUACUAAAUUUUUUUUAUUUUCUUUUUUGAGAUAGGUACAGGCUGAUUUUUACCUUACGUCUCCAAUAAAACAAAUACCAUUACUCCAGGUCGAGGUUGGGUUUUCUUUCACGCUGCUGCCGUUUGACCCCAACUUUCCGUCUUCUCCCAGUGUCUGGCCUUUAAAAGGAUGUGGACGAGCGUAGGCAGCGGAAUGUCUCCCCGCAAGGCCCUAGAGCAGCCAGUAACCAGCAUCUGCAUGGCGCUGGUCCCGCUGACGCACUGCUGUUCCCUGCAGUGUGAGAUUACAUAAAAAUAAGUUUCUUCUCUCAUAUUUGUGAAGGCAACUCAGAAAAUAUUGAUAUAAGGAAAACAUGUUUUGUUGUCCCCCAUCUGUCACCAGUCCAGAACACUGCAAGGCAGUGUUUGUCAGACGGAAAUUGAGGAUGUUGUCUUAGCGUAUUUGCAGUUCUUGCUAUUACCUUGAACGAAAACAGGCAGAACUGCAGAGACAGGGAGGCACUGUGCACUGUGCAGAUGGAUUUCCACAUUUGGGUUUGGUGAGUGAACGGCCCGCUGCCAGAAUACCCCAUCAAACAGCUCUUGUAUUAAUGACUGCCGUGUCUUAUACUCAUCCUACAUACAACAAAGUCCUACUACAAGAACACGUUUUUCUCCUUUCACACCAAAUUCUCCAUUUGGGUUUACAGCAGACCCACUGUCCUGCCUUUGUUUGCUGAGAUUGUGCCAAACUCUCUCGAGUUCGUAAUUUUUUUUCCCCACUGGCAAGAUUUAUGGCAGGUUAAAUUAAGUCCAUAUCAGUAAGUAGGAAAACAGGCUAUGGUCUCUGCCUUCUGGGAUGAUUGUGUUCUUCAUAACUCAUGGUAUACUGCGCUAUCAUUGAUCUGAAAUCAGUAACGAUGAUUAAGGUAUUUAACAUGAAAGCUUUAACUGGGGGAUAUUUUAGGCUGGGUGAUGUGUUAAGCCCCCCUCCCCCAAACUCAGGCAUUUUACACAACUGUAUUAGUCUGAUAUACUUUCACUGACUGAAGCUUUUUAUAUCAGCAAAUAAUAGGCAUUACAAUAAAUUCAGUGACGCAGCAUUUCACAUACUUUUGGUGUUUUCUUUUGUGCUGGUAAAACAUAUCAUCAAACGCAUGAAAUCAGAGCUUAUAAUGGCAACACUUCUUAAAGAAGUUGGUGAUGAAACAUUGGUUUUUUGGAAUGAAAACAGGAAAAUCAUAUAGAUUUUGCACUUCAGGGUUUUAGCAAUGCACUUAAUCACAAGUUUCAUUUCCUUACCUUGUUUUUGUCACUGCUCUCCAGACCUGGAACAGAGGAUCAGGCACUUCUAACUUGCCAGAUCAGUGUAACUUUUCACUACUAAUAAGCAACACAAACUUAGGUCAGUUAAGAAACUGCAUAGUAACUUCCAGAUAAGUAGCUAAACCUGUUGGAAUUCAAAGGCAAAAUUUCCACCAACUUCUUUAGCGCCAAGUUUUCAGUCAGCGGAUUGGAACCUAAAAUCAUAACAGUUUUUACUCAAGUAAAAUUCUUGGUUAACUCAAUGUAGACAUUAUCCGAGUCGAGGCUCAGAUGGGUUCACAGCGAAUUCUUCACACUAAAAAAACCCACGUGUAGCGCAUAUCUGUAAGAGGUUGUAUAGACAAGAGGAAUAGUUCUCUUCCAUCUUUUCUGCUAGGAAGAGUUCAACUAAGUCAGAUGAGUGCUAUGUAAAAUCUGAUUAAAAAAACCUCAAACAAACAUCACACACAAAGAAACUAAAUCCAGGGUGCCCCAAAAUUAGUCUCUUGGUAGUGCUUCUGUCCUUCUUCCACUGUCCCCUACUAUCCAUGAGCCUUCCCACUACCCACGGAUCUUCUCCCUCGCGCUGACGUUGAGCAGACCCUGCUGUGCCUCAGCCGUCCCCGCACUGAGCUACCCGAGGCCGUGCUCUCAUCGGCCACGUUACAUUUGCGGAGAACCAGCACACACCUGGCAGAAUCCGUUAGCCAAGAAUUCACAUCGUGACUGGCCUCUAAUAAGUAUAAUGUAACAGCUUAUAAAUAUAAUAUAAAAUAUAAAUAAAAUAAUAACCACCCCAUUUAUUUCAAAUAGUAACCACCCUGUUUAUUUCUUCCAUUUGUACUGCUUUUAUAAGACAUCUUUGAAUUUUGGUAAAUGUGCUAUAUUUGCUUGUUUAAGUAAAAUCUCCAAAUGUCAGAGAACCUGCAGGGCUUUUCUUGAAACGAGUUCCAGCUGGGUAUUUUCACAAAAGUAAAGCUCUGAAUGUCAGGGAAUCAAGAAGGAUUUGGCCCAAAGCAACAUCAUACUCAUACACCACAUUUUGCCAGUGUUUAGUUAGCAUUUACGACACUGUACUUUUUUCAAGGUUAAAAUAAUUUUCACUGUCUUUCUGCGAGGGCUGAGGAAAAGAAGCCAGGGCACUGCAGGGCACUGCGCACUGUCUGCGUCUGGUAAAAAUCAACCACA